GUUCCCGUCGUGUCGUCUGGAUUUCGAUUCCGUCGGAAGAAAAUAACAGACACACGACACGCACAUACGUACUUACGGCACCACAGAGGACACACGCGCACUGUGACGACCGUCGCGACGUCCACGCGGCACGGAGUCUUCCAUGUCUAGCUACGACGUCUGGAACGAGCCAGAGACGAACGACACGCGCCUCGCCAUGGAGUGGACUCGCGACAAGACCCUCGAGCUGCUGCGCGAGUACCAACAAAGACGCGUCCUAUGGGACUGGAAUGCCCGGGGUUAUCGGGACCGCGCGAAACGUAAGCGUGCGAUCCAAGAACUCGCCGAGAUACUGUGCUGCAACACGCUUGAAAUCGAGAAGAAGAUCACGAAUCUGAAAUGUCAGUACUCGAGGGAGGUGCAUAAAAUACAGAACAGCCGGGACGCCGCGACCGGACCGGACGAUGUUUAUGUGUCCAAGUGGUUCGCCUUUAAGGCGAUGCAGUUCCUACAGUUCGGCACACGCAGAUACAGCAAACGGAAGAAGAAGGUGGAGGAGGAGGACUCGUCGAAGUUGCAGGAGGAGUACAUAGUGAGCGACAUCGACCCCGAGAGCAUAACAUUCAUAGACUGUAACGAAGAGACGAACGGCUCCGGGACCGGCUCGUUCAACGCUUCAUUGAGCGAGGAUGCGGAGGAGUCGUCGUCCUCGAGCCUGAAGGCGAUGAAGCUGUACAACGGCUCGUUGCCGGACCACAACAGCCCGAUAGGUGAUCCAGACGAAUCCGGGCAGACGAACUUGGAGACUGAACCGUCAACGGAACGAAAACGAACGAAAGAGGAGUUCGCGAAGUUUGCCGAGAGCAUCGCCGUCCAACUGGCGGAGAUACCGGAUUCUUAUUCCAGGUCCGUCGCGAAGCUCAGGAUCAACCAGAUCUUGUUCGAGGCCGAGAUCGGCGUUUACGCGCAGACGCGUCGCUAACUAACCAGGUCCAGGGACGCUGGCGGCGCUGCGAUCGCCGCCGCUGCCGAUCAUCAUGGACGAACAACAGUUACGGUGAAACGUUCGGUUGU